AUGAGUACUAUGACUGAAAAUAUCUCUAGGAGUACUUAUGGUUCAUUACCGAAAGCAGAUAUUACAAGUCCAGUAAAUUUAAUAGAAUCAUGUUUAGAUAGUAUUGCAAAUGAUAUGACUAAGAAAGUAACCAACCUAACUGACUGGGAAGAAGACAGUUUUAUAAAUGAUAAAAUCAACGCGAAAAAACUGAAUAAACUACGAAAACCUAAAUUUAUAUCAUCAUGUGGUGUACUAUCAUGUUUCAGAAGUAAAAAUUAUGUAAAAAGUUUGUAUAGAAAGAUUUCAAAUACUUUUGAAUCAUAUAUAUCAACUUCAACCUCACAAACUUCACCAUAUCUUACCCAUAAAGUCAAUAAACUAUCACCAAUGGUUGAAAAAAAUGUCAUGAAACCAAAAUCAUCAUUACUUAAUAAAGAAAGAAGCCUAUCUUCGUUCUCAGUGGAUAAUUUCGAACAAAAGGGUAAUUUUAACACUCUACAUUAUAAAACAAAUCAUACCUUAUUUCAUCAAGAAUUGAAUUACAUCUCACCAUUGAUAAGUGAAACACCUGAGAAUAUGUUUCAUCAAUCAGAUCUAAUACCUGAUCAUUCCAGUGCUACGCAGACGUAUUCAUUAGUAACUCAACAAUCAAUAUCACAGCAGCAGCAGCAGCAACAACAACCUUUCAAGAUUAACCUUAUGGAAGAGAAACGUUGUAACAGUAGACUCCUUAGGCAUUUCACUGAAACACUUGAACAAAACCACAAUAUCGAUGUCGGUAGUAAACAUGAUAAAAGCUUAAGUUGCCUGAAAAUGGAUGAUUAUGUUGAUGGUGACGAAGUAAAUCAUAUCAGAGGAUCUUCAAAACAAGUAUUACAACACUAUAAUGAUAAUAUUGAUGGUAACCAAAAUGAGAAUACAAAGAAUGAAGAGUCAUCAGUCGAUAAUUAUCGAUCUAUGCAUCAUUUCACUGAAUCACGUCUACAUAAACUAGUUGAGACAAUAUUUUCCUAUGAAAAUUCCUUUCAUAUUACACCUAAACUAGACUUUAGCAAUAAUCAUGAACAAUUUGGUUCAAGACUUAGUUGUUCGAUGAAAAGUUAUAGCACAGAACGUCAGCAAGAGAAUCAGGAAAAUAAAGAUUCUUAUCAAAUUCAAAAUUUUGACAAAGACAUUAAACAUUGGUUGGUGGAGGGUUUAACGAAAUCAGUUAAAGAAUCAAACGAUCAUAAAAAUCAUACUGACAAUCAUCAGCCUAAAGAAUUUUUACAGCUGAAUAUCAAAACAAACUCGCAUGGACUAAAACAAGCGGUAGAUGUUAAGUGUGCAACAACUUCAAACGAUAGAAUCGCCAACCGCACAUUUGAUCAUUCACUUCAACCAAAUACCACUAGUACGAUUACAGCAAAACAAAGUUAUCGAACAACAAAAGAGCCUCAGAAUAAGCCCAAAACAAGCGAACAGAAGCCAACCUAUCAAAACUCUACUUAUUCAUCUAGAGGUUUAAAGACCACGUUGCAUUCAAAUCUUCUGGGAUACUCGUAUCUUGCGACGGGUGAAUCAAAUUCGCAUUCUACACCACCACUGACUCCAUCUAGAAGAACAAAUAAAACCUUAACAGUUAAGUAUAACGGUUAUUUCCCUGUAAGGUCAGAAUAUAAUAAAUACCAAGUAUACAAAACACCUGAGUCUAACUGUACACCAUAUGAAGCAUGUGAUUCAACAAAGAAAGACGGGAAAUGUAAAACAUUUAUCCAAAGUGGCAGACAUAAUAAUUUGGGAGUAGAAAGAUAUUCCACACCCUUUGGAGGAAAGAAACAACCCCAACAGAAGUUAAGAGGAACCAAGUCGAACCAAAAUUCCAAGCAUAGGCUAACUGAUAGAAACUAUAAAUCAGUGAAAAAAAGUACAAAGUUAUGCAGAAGUUCACCAUUACAAAAUUUGGACAAGUUUCGAACACAUUCGGAGAAUUCAACACCAUGUUCAUCAGUGAAUACACAUGAUUUACUUCAACUCGCUGAUGUUUCUGAUACAUUUGAUAUCAGAGAUAUCAAGAAAUAUGUAUAUGAUGAAUCUUUAAGUGGAGGUCAUCAUGACGACGGUCAUAGGAAUGUUGGUCAUUUUACAAACAUAUCAGAAGCUAGUGGUAAUGGAUGCAUAGGUUUUCCGCUUAUUGAUCAAACAUAUGAUCAGGAUAAUUAUCCCCUUGGCUGUUCUGUGUAUCCAGAAAUAAAUAAUAUGCCUUAUGUACAUUCUGGCUAUUACCCAUGUAUACCACCUCCUGCACAACCUACCUUACUACUAGGUAACAUAAACCCAACAUUGAGUAAUAACCUUAAUCAAGAACUAGUAUUGCCUUUCCUGACAUCACCGCUGUUUAAUACACCAUCAUCAGUCAACUGGACAAAUUUAAGUACUACGGUGAAUCCGUACAAAUAUGAUAAGAAUACAUAUUUUUACCCUGUAUAUCCUUAUUACUAUCCUGUGGAACAAUUUUCGGCAGCUAGACAUCUUUAUUUUCCUGUUCAACCUUACCAGUCACUUAAUACUACAAAUCAUAAUUCCCAUUCAGCAUCAAAGCAAAGGGAAAUAAGUAAUGCUCACAAAACAAGUGACUAUCGUAAAAGAAACAAAGCAUAA